UGGCUUGUGCGCCUGGGGGAAUGCCCGAUACAUGAGCUUUGGAGUUGUGGGUGAGUUUGACCACUCCCCCACUACACACAGGUCAUCAGUUUUAGUUGGCCUACGGUUGUCCGGGCUGCUUGCGAUCCCCAGCCCGCUGUGCUGUGCCAGGUGCGAGGCUGCCCUGUCCUGGACCUGGGAGACAAGAGCAGAGAAUGGCAGCUCCAGGUGCGUCGGGGGUGAGGGCUGGCCCAGCGUCCCCACCACUGUGCGAGGCGCCCACAGCAGGGUUUCUUGGGGGCUGGGCUUGGGCAUCGCGGGAUACAACUCAGGAACAUCUUCCUGCGAGACUCUAUCCAGUCACCACAGCUGAGAGCAGGGAAGUUCCUUGUCUCUCCUGCACCCCGGAUGGCUCCUUGGAGAGCCCCUGUCAGACCUCAGACUGCUGCUCUACAGGGCGCCACGUUGAAUGUCAGUGCCCACGCCUGGCACCUGUCCCCGGCCUGCGCUGUCCCCGGACCACCGGUUCCCGGUUACAACUUGCGGUUUCAGUCUCAUCUGAGUUGAAGUCUUGGCCCAGACGUGUGCUGGCUGAGGUGUUGUUGGCAGGACAUUUUACUAUCUGUGCAGCUCCAGGAGCAUCGGGGGUGAGGGCUGGCCCAGCGUCCCCACCACUGUGCGAGGCGCCCACAGCAGGGUUUCUUGGGGCCUGGGCUUGGGCAUCGCGGGAUACAACUCAGGAACAUCUUCCUGCGAGACUCUAUCCAGUCACCACAGCUGAGAGCAGGGAAGUUCCUUGUCUCUCCUGCACCCCGGAUGGCUCCUUGGAGAGCCCCUGUCAGACCUCAGACUGCUGCUCUACAGGGCGCCAUGUUGAAUGUCAGGUGAGGAUGCCUCUAGACGCCUGCCCUGUUGCCCACAGCCUCUGGGGGCUACACCCGGUGUCUGAAGUCCUUUGUUGAUGUUGAGUAGGAGAGUGUCUCUCCACCAGCCUGGGCCAUGUCCAGGAUCAACAAGAAGUAGUUACAAAAGCAUGACUUUGUGCUUUCCCCUCAGAGUGGGAGUGAAAUGUCUCAGGGGGCACCUUGUAGCCAAAUGUGUAGGAUUUGGGCGAAAUGGGGAGGGGAGAUGUGGAACAGGGGCAGGGAUUGUAAACUGCCUAGAGCUUGUUUUCCUGAUGUGCCCGUGGAGCAGAAUUUUUUAGACUGAACUCAGUGUGGCUGGACCGCCACAAACCACCACCGAAGCAGCAAGAAGCCAGUUUGAGUCAGAUCUUGCAGACCUGAGCUAGGCUUUCCUUACAGCGUGGUGCAGUUCUCCGCCAGGGGAGUAGACGGCCGCCAUUUGCUGAACUGAGGAAGUAUGAAGAUUGGCCCGGGCGGAAGCAGGAGGGGCCCUCCGGUCUGUGCCUGGCCUUGGCCAUGCCCUUCGCCCUGCUGCAGAAGCCCAGGCAGACGAUGGGGGUAGUUUCUUUGGGGGAACCCUUCUUCCCAUGGCCUACUUUUCACUUCGUUAUGUGGGGACGCCUGAAGCUAGUGGACCCUGACUGCGGACACCCGGAUGUGCUGCCUCCCAGCGUCCCUGGCGAGUCCCGAAUGGUCCACAGCAGCGGGUAACGGAAAGAGGAGGCCGCCAUGACGAUGGCGUCCUUUCCUCCCGCCGGGACGCCAAUUUGGAAACAUUUUCUUCAUCAGGCGUGCUUGGAGUGCCCACGCCUGGCACCUGUCCCCGGCCUGCGCCACCCCCGGACCACUGCAAUGGUAGACUUGACAUUGAGUGCUGGGCCUAUUUUGAAUGAAUAGACACAAUGAAGUGUAUUUCCCUGUAGACAUGGGACACUAUGAAAUUGGUGAUGAGCACUGACAGGGUUCCCGGUUACAACUUGCGGUUUCAGUCUCAUCUGAGUUGAAGUCUUGGCCCAGACGUGUGCUGGCUGAGGUGUUGUUGGCAGGACAUUUUACUAUCUGUGCAGGUGAGUGGUCUUUUAUUUGGGAAUAAAAGUGGGGUGUGAGCAUUGUGUUUUGUGGUUGGGACAUCAGAGUAUCAGAGUGCCUGGGUUUCAUGUGUAUCACCUUCCUGCUAAAGAGAUCCUGGGGGUUAAAGCUCAAAUGCUUGGGUUACUGCCACCUGUCAGGGAGAUCUGGGGUGACUUCCUGGUUCUUGGCUCACCCCUGGUGCCAUUGCAUGUGUGUGGGGAGUGGAUCAGUGGAUGAAUAAGCAACUGAACUCAAACACACGGAAUGUUCCUUUGCCGGGAAUCCAUCUAAUGGUUUCCCCUGACCGAGGACUGAAUGCUGGUGUUGUCUGGCUUGCUCAUUUCCCUAAUGGUGUGUUUUAGACAAUAUGCACAAGACACAGGGAAGAUGGACUAGAAACUACGAACUCAGUUGUGGGGAGCAACUCGGACUAGACUAAGUUACUGGAAUUAAGACUUAUUUUAUGCAUCUGCUCUCCCACAAUAUGGCGCUGGGAGAGGAGAAAACAGCUUCUACACAGCUGCCUCCAGUUCAACCAAUAAACUGUGGGACCUGCUCCUGAUUGGAGGAGAGCAGCGUACUCGGCGUUUGGGUAGCAGUGUUGGGAUUGGCAGAGGAGGACUAUAAAGGAGGAGAGAGACGGCAUGCACCAGGAACAUCUAAGGGGAACAUCUAAGGGGAACACCUGUGCAGCCCCCGAGAGAACCGGCUGGUGGUGUGCCGCUCCCCUGCGGAAGUGGGGAAUGUGGCAGGGGGAACCGCCCUUCCACGGAGGUGGAAGGGAUGGUAGCCAACCCGGGAAGGACCAGCAGCCAACCCGGGAAGGACCAACAGCCAACCCGGGAAGAACCAGCAGCAAACCCGGGGAGGGCCGAGCAGAUGAAAGAACAGCGCAGGGUCUUGUGUCGUUCCUCCACGAAGACGGGGAGCGACAUAAUGGUGCCGUGACUCAGAUAUGAAGCCUAGGCAGGGUUUAGUGUCGUUCCUCCAUGAAGAGGAGGAGCGACACUCAGUAGCUAGAGCCUAUUUAUUUAGAGACAGACCUGAGGGCCCACUACUAGCGAGGGUCGGGACACGUUCUGGUAGAGACUGGGGCUUAUCUAGCCUGGGUACUUUUGGUUCGGGCUGGGCAGGGAUUAGACAGAGCUGAGAUGGUUUGCCUUGGCUUUUUCAACCUUCCAGAGUGCUGGGGAUAAUGGUUGAACUCUUGAGGCAGUGAUGUGGCUGUAACACGGCAUCUCUUCUGCCCAUGAUGUUGCUCAAGGUCCUGUAUUGCUACUCCCAGGACAGAGAGAGAGAUGGGUGCUGGUGUCCUAUUGGCCACUUCCUGCUGAUGCAGGGCUGUAGUCCAGAGUGACUGGAGAAGAAGAUCAGUCUUGUGAUGUUCCUGCGGGAUGUCUUGGGAUCUAGCAGUCACUGGUUCCUGUGAGCACUUUUGAAAUGUGUAAUUAUAUAUCAUAAGAAUAAAGCACCGUGAUUAUGAGGGAAAAAGAAAGUAGUAGAAAAGUUACUCAGAGUGGCAAAGAUGGCUAAGAUGUGGCAAGGGUAUUGUAAUGCAUUCUUACAUUUCAUUAGCAUGCUUUUCAAUGUGCUCAAUAGCAUCUCUCACAGCACCUGACUGACUGGUGUACAAGCCACACUCUUUUUUUUUUUUUUUUUUUUUUUUUUUUUUUUUUAUGGAGUGGACAGUGAGAGAGAGAGAAACACAGAGAGAAAGGUCUUCCUUUUCUAUUGGUUCACCCCCCAAUGGCCGCUGGGGCCGGCGCACUACACUGAUCCGAAGCCCGGAGCCAGGUGGUUCCUCUUGGUCUCCCAUGCGGGUGCAGGGCCAAAGCACUAGAGCCAUCCUCCACUGCACUUCUGGGCCACAGCAGAGAGCUGGAAUGAAGGGGAGCAACUGGGACAGAAUCCGGCGCCCCAACCGGGACCAGAACCUGGUGUGCCGGCGAGCAGGUGGAGGAUUAUCCUAUUGAGCUAUGGCGGCACUGACCACAAGCCACACUCUUUACCCAGAGGCAAAGUCCUCCUUUUAUGGAGCUGAGGACGUCUAAAUCCUCAGUGAUUUUGCAGGACCACUGCUGACAGGACUCUACCUGGUCUUGGAAGUGAGACAGGUGUGGUGCUGGGUCAUUUAUGUUUUCUUUGAGAGUGAGACAUAAUUCUUUGUAUUUCUUUGUCUUGUCUCCUGAAAUUGCCAGUCUGGCUGCUCCUGGCCCAAUCCCUGGCAAAAAACACCCAACAAGAAAGAAGGGUUGCUAAGUCCAAGUCACUCUUGACAUGGGAUGUUUGAGGUAUGGGACAUCAAGUCUGGUUGAGAGUAUAGGAGAAAGGGUGAAAUAGGAACGUAAGAGGACACAUGCCUGUCCAGUUCAUGGGAAGACAGUUGUACAGCUGGAUGCCACAGAGCAAGAAUGCUUCUAUUUAUGGUCCCCCGCAUGUUCACCAAUGCAUCCUUGGGCUGGGUCCUGACAGUGAUGGUUCAGUUAGAGUGGGAGUAUUUGCCUUUGUGGCUAAUUUCGCUAACCUGUGGGAGUAGGGGAAGGAAAUGGAGGAAACAGGGGAGGCUGGGAGAGUAAUCGUCCAGUUAUAGAGUUUGUGGGACAGUGAUCCUACUUCAUGGAAAAAGGGAAGGGAACACGUAGGAUGCGUUUAAGGACUUGACCUGUCAGCAAAGCACAGAACAUGCCUUUGAUAGGUAAAUAAGGUUGGUUGAAUUCUUCCUGUUUUGGGGAAAGUACAGGGUAUCCCUUCAGUCCUGUGGCCUUUGUCCAGACUGGCUGGGAAGUGGGAAGAGUAUGUACAGAUCCCGCAUGAAGUGAUGGUGGGGUUAUGUUCAAAGAAGAGACGAGAGGAAGCAUUGAUGAGAGCUGUGUAGAGGCUUUGGGAGGAUGUGAGAGAUAUAUAGAAUUGGGGACCACAAAAAGGGCAGCAGGUUAGAAGCAGCACACCGUAGUAAAGCAUGCAACCCAGAAGAGAGAGAGUGCUGAGAGAAGUCUUCUGCUAUGGGUCCAUUCGGUUUGGCUGGUUUCUGACAAAGUCUAUGGCUAAUAUCACAACAAAAGAUAGCAUCGCGGUACAGUGCUUUGAAGCGAGAGAUGUGAACAGAGGAUAAAAAAGGGUAUCUGAGUAGGGUGAAUUCCUAGAGAUCGCCCUGGAGCUGAGGGUCCAGGAGUUGGAAGAGUGGUCUGGUAGAGUUGGAUAGCACUGCCUUACUCUUAGAAUUACUUGGAGGAAUCUGUAGAAGUGGCAAUGGCUUGUGGAGACGGUUUUUGCAGUAGUGGGGGAGCCGUGUCCACCUGAGAGUUGUGGGACCUGUGGGGUAGGGUGUGCUGUAGAGGUGUUACUAAUUGUAAUGGAGUGAAUGUACAGUGUGGGUGUCUCCCGAGUUUAGCAGUGGUGGUGGUAUGUAGUGAGUGUUUGCUGUCACGCAUUUCAACAGGGCUCAAGGGUGAAUUGCCGGAGCAUAGGGAAGAAGGAACACACGGACACGACACUGUCUUCCCAAUGAAAGGCUUUUUAUUGCUCACUCCAAUUCACACUAGGGCUUUCCCACUGCAAACCAAUCUCUGUAGUUAUGUUCAUUACUCCACACAUCAUAACACACACCUGGCAUCAAAGCAAUCUCAAAGGCAGUCCAACUGUAAUAAUAUAAGUACAGCGAAGCAGAAGACAUUCUUAAUCAUAGGGUCGAGGCACAUUCCUUCCUAUUACAUAUGGCCAAUAUCAUUAUAAAUGCUGCGUUCUUAAGGUUCCUAUCACAUUCCCAAAAAGUGAAAGUUCAAAGUCCAGAGUCCAGAGUCUCAUUACCACUCGGAGAGAUGGAUCUCAGAAUAGUCACUUACAGGCACGCAGUAGUGGGAUGGCUGUCACUCUGAGCAGAAGCCCGGAGUUCCCAGGGGAAUGACAAGGUAAGGAGUUGGAGAGGUCCCCUGCUGAGAGGUCUGGUCCAGCUGUGUGGUCAGGUCAGGCAGCAGGCUGAUAAGGGGUCCAGGCGAGGCGGUGGCUCCACUGGAGUUUGGUCCUGUAGUCUCCGUGUGUUGCUUAGCAAGGGGGCUAGUGAGCUGGCUCUUAUUCUCCAUGUGUAAGGAGAUCCAGAGGUUCACAUGCACUGGGCCCUUGAUCGGUUGUCAUCUUGUGCCAUUACGGAUCCAUGUGUAACGGGCUGCCUCUUCAGCUCUGAAUGUGUGAAGAUCCAGAGGUUCACAGACACCGGGACCAUGAUCCUUUUAUCCUUGUCAUUAUGAAGGGAGAAUCUCCAGGAGUGGUAGGGUGUCACCAAUCAGUUGUGCUCCCUCUGGGAGUUUCCCGGGGUGCCACCAAUCUGUUGUUUAGGACAGGGUGUAUCUGCAGUAUUCCUGGGGUGCAGCCAAUCCCUGUGUGAGUAGGAAGGUAACUUGAGGUUGUCGUCUGUAGCGUACAGGUUAUCAGACUGCCCAGGGAUGUCUGUUCAGUCUGAUGAGGAGCAUCUUUCUGGCAAGCGCUGAGCUUGACAUAAGUGAUGUCAUCAGCUUCUGGCUUAGCAUAAGUGACUCCAUUUUUAUUUCCUAUUUUUGCUUGUUUGUGGGCAGCAGUGAGCUAUAACUCUUUUUUGGGCUACCAGUGGCUUUCUCCACAGUCCAGAGCCUUUUAUUCAUUGGGUGGGCAGUGAUCUGUGACUCAUUUUUGGGAGUCCUGUGGGAUUCUCCUCAGUGGUAUCCAUAGCACUUCAUUAGAGUCUGUUGCAUUUCUGGGUGAGUGCUUACCUCAGGGCCAGGCCGUGCUAAGGGCUGUGCUGGUGUUUGCUGUGGGUGUUUUGCCCGAGUGAGGCAGAGGAGGUGGCAGAGCCUCUGGGGACAGCAAGCCCGGUGUUGGGGAGAGGAAGAGGAGCGAUCUCUGAUGAAGGGUGGGAGCACUCAUGGGGGAAGCAGUCAGGCUGGGUAGGAACACUGGGCUGGAGAGUGGUGGUCUUGGGAGCUGAGCUGAAGGGAGUGCACCCAGCAUGCUGGGAGUCUGAGCAGGGGUCAGCUGGCAGUGAGACCAGUAGGACACUGGUCAGGUGUGUGUGAGUGGGGAGCAGGGCUUCACUUGGGAGCCUUGGCUCAGAAUCUUCCUCCUUCAGACCUCAGACUCUUUCCAGUCUCACCAGGACAGUCACUCCCCAGUCUCCACUGUGGUGGGUGUCUGCAUCCCACAUCAGGAGAUUUGGGGGUCACCACCGAAUAACUUGUGGGCCCUGGGUCACCAGGCUCAGUUCCUGUAGGGAGCAAGCCCCCAGCGGAUCAGGAGCUGUGUCUCAUGUGUGGACACUCAGGGCUGCUGCCUCCUGAGUCUCUUGCUGUUGUCCUGUGGGCCAUUUGGCAUCUGUAGUCUGGACGUGGAGGCAUGAGAAUGACCUGAAUGUGCAGGGUUUGUGGAGAGAAUGACGGGAGGAACAGACUCAAGUUUUUGGUCUUCGUCCACCUGCUGUAUUACUUAGGGAAGGACAAGUGUCGAUAUUAACCAAAGUACAGGGUGCACUUGGAGGAGCUAGGCCAUGGAGGGAGCUGGCUGAGGAGGCAGGGCUGGGUGUGUAGGAGGGGCAGGGGGUGAGUGCCGGGUGUGCAUCCUGUUGGCGAUGCGUGACUUCCUCUCAUAGGGUUCUCCCUGAAGGGCUGACAAGAACAUGGCUGCGCUGCCCUUGCGCUCUGUGAUUCUUCCAUAUCCUUUUGUUGUGUUGAGAACCCUGCAUGGGAAAUCUGCUGUCUGAGGCUUAUCUGCAUCUCUAGAAUUUCUAAAUCUUUUAAAAAAAGAUUUAUUUCUUAUUUUGGAAGUCACAGUUCCAGAAAAGGGAGAGACAGAGAGAGCUAUCUUCCAUCUGUUGGUUUACUCCCAAGAUGGUGGCAGUGGCUUCCCUGGUCCAAGCUGAAGCCAGAUACUUCUGCCCAGUACCCUGUGUGUGUUGCAGGGGCACAGGUACUUGGGCCAUCUUCCUCUGCUUUUUGCAGACCACUUGCAGGGAGCUGGAUUGGAAUUGGAGCAGCCAGGACAGGAACCAGUGCCCACAUGGGAUGUGAGGGUUUUCAGGCUGUGGCUUUA